CCCACUUUCGAGCAUAUUGGCAAAGAUCAGAAGAAAAACCAAUAAGAAAAUAAAAAACUAUGGUUUAUAACAGCAACUUCAACGUGAGCGUGACGAAGAAAGAAGUUGUAGCAGCGGCGCUGCCACUGCAAGAGCAUUAUCUCCCACAUUCCAACCUCGACUUGCUCUUGCCUCCGGUUGAUGUCGGGGUUUUCUUGUGUUACCAAAAACCUGCGGCGGCUUCGGAUCAAGCCACGACCGAUGAACAUUAUGCGACGUUUGGUUCGAUGGUGAAUACUCUCAAGGCGGCCUUGUCUGAGGCGCUGGUCUCCUUCUAUGCGCUGGCCGGUGAGGUGGAGCAGAACCUCGCCGGAGAGCCGGAGCUGAUUUGUAAUAACCGAGGCGUAGAUUUCAUCCAAGCAUUUGCUGAUGUGGAGCUCAGAAAACUAAACUUGUAUAAUCCUGAUGACAGCGUUGAAGGCAAGCUCGUUCCCAAGAAGAAGCAUGGCGUCCUUGCUGUUCAGGCUACAGAACUGAAAUGCGGAGGAAUAGUGGUGGCAUGUACGUUUGAUCACCGGGUGGCCGAUGCCUAUUCUACCAACAUGUUUCUGGUAUCUUGGUCGGAAAUAGCUCAGUCGAAGAUACCGUCCCAGCAGCCAUGUUUCAGGCGAUCAUUUCUUUUCCCACGGCGCCCCGGCCAUUACGAUCUCUCCGUUGCCAACAUGUACGUACCAAUUUCAUCACUCCCACUGCCGGAGCCCGCGGGAGUGGAAGAACCCUUAAUAUCCCGGAUAUACUGUGUCACGGCAGAGCAAAUCAGGCAUCUCCAAUCACAAGCCAACGAUUACUCUAAGAAAGAUGUCACGAAGGUCGAGGCAUUCUGUGCCUUUCUCUGGAAAACAGUUGCCUCAGGGAAGAGUCGCCGGAAUUUCAAGAAUUUCAGGUUGGGGAUCGUGGUGGACGGGAGGACAAGAUUGAGCAGCGGCGACGAAAAUAAAGCCAAAUCUUUCAAAGGGUACUUCGGAAACGUUCUUUCGAUUCCAUUCGGAGAGAAAACCAUUGAAGAACUUAGCGAAAAUCCGCUGACUUGGGUGGCAUCCGCCGUGCACGAGUUCUUAGAGGAAGCUGUGACGAGGGAACAUUUCCUUGGACUCAUUGAUUGGGUGGAAGCUCACCGCCCCGAGCCGGCCGUGGCGAAAGUAUACGCCUGCAGCGGCGACGGAGCGGCAUUGGUGGUGUCGUCGGGGCAGCGGUUUCCGGUGAGAAAGAUAGAUUUUGGUUGGGGGAAGCCGGCGUUUGGAUCGUAUCAUUUUCCGUGGGGAGGGCAAUCGGGAUACGUAAUGCCGAUGCCAAGUCCGAAAGGGAACGGAGAUUGGAUUGUUUACAUGCAUCUGCAGAAAGAAGAGGUGGAAUUGAUAGAGACUUAUGCUUCACACGUCUUCAAGCCUUUUACUUCAGAUCAUCUCAACUUCGAUUGAUCAUCCACCGUCUUCAUCUCAUCAUUGUGGAUUCAGCAUUGUUUUAGUCUAACUACAAAUUUAUGUACCCUAAAUAUGCAUGUAAUACAACAUAAUAAAUAGAUGGAAGCAGAGUUAUCCUAAA